AAACAAUACGGUCGUUUUGUAUGGCCAUGUUGGGAGGUCAUAGCGGCUUGAGACAAAGGCAAAACAGCCGCGAGCCUAAUUAGGCAGGGGGCUGCUGUUUCCGCCUUUUACCACUAACCACCAUGUCCUUCUCUGACGAUUCCGACCUCACCGACCUCUCUUCGGACGAAGAGAACGUACCUCUGGCGCCAACCAAGAAGCUGCAGACGCGCAGUAAAAAACCAGUUAUCCGUCCGGCACUGCGUGCGCCUAGGACGGUUUCGUAUUCGGUGGAGUCUUUGUAUAAGAAACUUUGCGACAAGUCCCUGGAUUUGGAGCCCGAAUACCAAAGAGACGUUGUCUGGAACGACUCGAAGCAAAGUCAGCUCAUCGACUCGCUCAUUCACAAUUACUACAUACCACCGUUGAUUUUCGAAGGAGAGGAGAAGCGGACGUGUAUCGACGGGAAACAAAGGUUGUCUUCGAUUAGGCGGUUUACAGAUGGCAAAUUCUGGUACAUCAGCCGCAGCGGAGCCGGAAGAACCAGAUCUCGCACCAUCCUCCCCACGCAGCUCAAGUCCCGUUUCAGCAACACCCAAAUCACCUGCGUCGAGUACGACGACCUUACCCAGGACCAAGAACGCGAAAUCUUUCGUCGUGUCCAGUUAGGCGUAGCACUCACCCCGGCCGAACGUCUGCAAGCCAUCACCGGGCCUUUGGCUUCCCUGAUUCGUGAGGUGCAGGAUAAGCUUGCGUCUCCUGAAGGACUCGAAGGGCAUGUUCCCUGGGGUAAAGCUCGGGGACGUGACUUUCUAUGUGUGGCGCAGAUCAUCUACCUCAUUGACGGAAAGAAGGCCGAACCAUCUGCACCCAAAAUCGAAGCUUGGUUGACCGGCGACAAGGCGGCGACGAUAACACCGAAGUUGAAGCGGAAUAUCGACAGCACAGUAGACGUCCUAUGCACCCUCGCUCGUGAUCCCACUCUGUCCAAGCCGUUGAACGACAAGAAAGUCUCCCCCAUCGAGUUCGUCAUGAUCACCUAUAUGAUAUUCCUCCACCGCGACAAACUCUCGCUCACUCAGCUUUCGGAUGCUGCCGCGCAGCUACGGAAGAAUGUUAGAGGCCGGUUUUCCUCUAUUCGGUCCAACACGGAG